ACACUUUGCCACGCUUCCCAACCAGGGGUAUAUAUGUGACAGAAGAAUAUCACUUGUUUAUUAACUUCUUAACUCUUGAAGCAAUAACUGACUCAUAUAACUACAAGUUGGCCACCAUGAAGUUCCUGAUCUUCUUAGCUUCCCUCAGCCUCGCCUGGGCCCAGGAGGAGUACCACUGCCACUGUGCUACCUUCAUCACAACAGAGGAGGGAGCAGAGCUGGUGCACAACCUGCCAGAGUUCAUUAUGGAUAGCUGCGAACACUUCGAGGAGUGUGAACUACACUGCUCUGAGGAGUUCAUUGAACUGACCAACGGAGGUGACCUGGACCACGUGACGGAGGAUGGCAACAUUAUUGGUCAGGUCGCUUGUGACACCCUGGCUGCCGAAGGUUACCUUGAUGUUGAAGCCAGCGAGGUGUACAUGUACAGCAGCAUCUGUCACGGUCCCUGGCUGUACAACGGCUUCAAGAGCCAGACACCAUUAUGCUGUGUAGGAGGAGAAUACGAAGCUUGCCCAUAACUCAAUUCCUUCUCCUCUUCCUCCUUCUCUUCUUCCUCUUCAUCUUUUUCUUCUUACUUUUCCUCUCCUGUACGGAUGCACAACAAUGGAUAACCAGAUGAAGAGGUCUUCACCCAGUCGUCACACGCACUACAGCUUACAGACUGCUUCAAGCAGGACAGGAACCAGGCAGCGACUCGGAAUUAUUCUUCAUGAUAUCCCAACGCUGUACAACUGUAUCUAAAAGAAAAAUAUAUACCUGGAGUAUACCUGCAGAGGGUUUCGGGGGUCAACGCCCCCACUACCCGGUGUGUGACCAGGCCUCAUGGUGGAUCAGGGCCUGAUCAACCAGGUUGUUACUGUUGGCCGCACGUGACCCGACGUACGAACCACAGCCCGUCUGGUCAAGUACUGACUUUACGUGCCUGUCCAGUGCCUUCUUGAAAACAGCCAGGGGUCUAUUGGUAAUUCCCUUUAUGUAUGCUGGGAGGCAGUCGAACAGUCUUGGGCCCCUGACAGUUAUUAUGUUGUCUCCUAUCGUGCUGUUGGCGCCUCUGCUUUUCAUUGGAGAGAUGUUGCAUCUCCUGCCUAGUCUUUUGUUUUCAUAGUGAGUGACUUUCGUGUGCAAGUUUGGUACUAAUUGCUCUAGGAUUUUCCAAGUGUAUAUAAUCAUGUAUCUCUCCCGCCUGCGUUCUAGGGAGUACAGAUUGAGGAACUUUAAGCGUUCCCAGUAAUUUAGGUGUGUUAUCGCAGUUAUUUGUGCACCUGUUACGUGCAUAUUGUAGUUAUGUUACUGUGGGCUGUAUGUCCUCUGGUAACGUUUUCAGACAUUUUGCAUGUUUUCAUGUUGAACUUUAUGUGAUGGAAGUACCAAGUACCAGUUGAUACCGAUAGUUUUAAGUAAAAGACAUGUAUGUACUGAUCAAUAAUUAAGUGCAUACAUAUUUCUCCGUGAAUGAUCCAACAAGAAUGUUAAUCUUUAGGAGCAUUAAAUACUAAAAUAAAAAAAAU